CAUUCACUCACUCACUCACACAGUUUAAAAGUACUCCAGAUGGUUAAUGAACCAGAAAAUAUGAAUCUUUUCCAAGAAGUAUGCUUUUCUUUCAGUAGUUUGUUUAUAACUUUGCAUUAAAAAUUUUCCAUCCUUUGGCCAAAAAGGUCUGAUGUUACAGCAAACAGAGCAUAUCCUGAAUCACUGACAGGUUCCAAGAGGUGAAUGUGGGUUCUUGUGUUUGCUGCAUUUCUCUGGCGUGAGCUGGUCUGUGCGUCACUGAAUGGGCCUGUGUGUCUUGCUUAUAUAACUCUUCUGAAAGUACCUCUGUUUUAAGAGAGCCAAUUUUCAGCCACAUUUUUUUUUAAGGAAAAUUUUUCAGGAUAAAUUAGCCUGACUGGAUCUGAGCACUUUGCUCUGGGAUGCGUUGGAGUUCGGAUAGUAAGAAAUGGACUUUCUUACUACUCUUCUGCUUCUAGUCCACCUAAUCCCUGUGUCGGCACCUAAGAAUGGAGCGAGCAGCAAGAGUCGGAAGAGGAUCAUGCCUGACCCAGUGAUGGAGCCCGGGGUUCCAGGCCCCAUUCACGAAGCUCUUCUGUACUGUAACAUCCCUAAUGUGGCUGAGCGCAGCAUGGAAGGCCACGCCCCACAUCAUUUUAAGCUGAUCUCCGUGCAAGUGUUGAUUCGCCAUGGGGACAGGUACCCCCUGUACACCAUUCCCAAAACAAAGAGGCCAGAAAUCGACUGCACUCUGGUGGCCAACAGGAAACCCUAUCACCCCAAACUGGAAGCUUUCAUCAGUCACAUGUCAAAAGGAUCUGGAACCUCCUUCGAAAGCCCUUUAAACUCCCUGCCUCUUUACCCCAACCACCCUCUGUGUGAGAUGGGAGAGCUCACACAGACAGGAGUCGUGCAGCAUUUGCAGAAUGGCCAGUUGCUGAGGGACAUCUAUGUAAAGAAACACAAGCUCCUGCCGACGGACUGGUCUGCAGACCAGCUGUACCUGGAGACCACUGGGAAGAGCCGUACCCUGCAGAGUGGGCUGGCCUUGCUCUAUGGCUUUCUCCCAGAUUUUGACUGGAAGAAGAUUUAUUUCAGGCACCAGCCAAGUGCCCUUUUCUGCUCUGGAAGCUGUUACUGCCCACUGAGAAACCAAUAUCUGAAGAAGGAGCAGCAUCGUCAGUACCUCCUGCGGCUAAAGAACAGCCAGCUGGAGAAAACCUAUGGGGACAUGGCCAGGAUCGUGGACAUCCCCACCACGCAGCUGCGGGCUGCCAACCCCAUAGACUCCUUGCUCUGUCACUUCUGCCAUAACAUCAGCUUCCCCUGCACCAAAAACGGGUGUAUCGACAUGGGGCACUUCAAGGUGAUCAAAAUGCAUCAGAUAGAGGAUGAGAAGGAGAGGCGCGAGAUGAAACUGUACCUCGGGUAUUCGCUGCUGGGUGCCCACCCGAUCCUGAAUCAAACUGUCAAUCGGAUGCAGCGUGCUGCCGAGGGGAGAAAAGAUGAGAUCUUCGCCCUCUACUCUGCCCAUGAUGUCACUCUGUCACCAGUCCUCAGUGCUUUGGGCCUUUCAGAAGCCAGGUUCCCAAGGUUUGCAGCCAGGCUGAUAUUUGAGCUCUGGCAAGACAGAGAAAAGCCCAGUGAACAUUCAGUGCGAAUUCUUUACAAUGGAGUUGAUGUCACAUUCCACACAUCCUUCUGCCAGGACCACCACAGGCAUUCUCCCAAGCCCAUGUGUCCUCUUGAGAACUUAGUCCACUUUGUCAAAAGGGACAUGUUUGUGGCCCUGGAUGGUAGCAGUACUAAUUAUUAUGACGCAUGUCACAUGGAAGUAGUCUAAAAGGUACACGAUACAGCACGAUAGAGCCUAUACCAAUGCAGAAGGCAGGGAAGAGUCCACUUCUAGUUCUGUGUGUUGCUAAGGGUGUAAGAGUAUUGACUUUUAAAGGCUAGAAAUUGUUUGAGAGCCAUGUAGGUGGCUUGGGUUGAAUAGUAAGCACAUAGCUAUAAUCUAGUGCGUGAGUUACUCGGUACAAAAUGGCCAGUUUAUAGAGAGAUGAAGGUACUUUAUCAUAGCCAAGCUUGGCUUACAAUGCCAGGAUAAUAUUCAGUGCCCAAAGUUGUCAAGCCAAAUUCAUAUUCUUUUGGCCUGUCAUGGAACCAGCAAAACCUCAAACAAAAUUUUCUUAAUCUUGAAUCUUGCCCUCAUUCAGUGAAAAAUUUCCUGCAGUGAUUCAUCUAAACCAGAGGUUGAUAGUUUUUUCCUAUUAAGGUCCACAGAGUACGAAUUUCAGACAGUGCAGACUGCAAGGCUGCAUAUAGUCUGUGUCACAGCCACCCAGCUCUGCUUUAGUAACACGAAAGUGCCACACACCAUACACAAGAGAGUAAGUGUGGCUGUGUUCAGGGGUGCACAAAGCUCACGGGCUGCAGUUUGUUGACCUUGUUUUAAAAACCAGACUCCACUGUACUUGCACUUGCAGCACUUUGAGAACCAGCUGAAUACUGAGAAUUAUUCAAUGGCUCCUCCAGUAACUUCUGCUAGCAGCACAGAAUGUGGUCUGCAAUCUGCCACUACAACAAAACUUGAUGGAGAAUAAACAUUUGAAUCAGAAUGAAUCAUAGAAAUAUGAUUAGAAUAAUACUUGAUGUUCAUGACGAUUGUGGUACAAGAGAGUUUUCAGUGUGUUUCAGGUAUUUGUCUGCUGUAGUCUAUUUGCUGUAUAUGCUGAAAUUUUUGUAUCGCAUUUAGUAUUUUUAUAGUCUAGGAAGAUAUUUUCUAAGAUAAGUUUUAGAUGUGCUUUUAUUCCUAUAUAGUAAUGCUCAAUUUCCUGUACCUGCUUCGUGGUUGGAAGGAGGCCAGAAGCGGAACUGAGGUACUUUUUCCUCCAGAAAGACUACCGAUGGCUCAUUCCUUUUGACAAGCCAUCAAAUUGGAUCAGUUUUUAGACUGUUUUCAUCUGUUUCAAAUGGUAAAUUCCAAUUGAUUUUUAAUAUGUUUUUAGACGAACUUUGCUACUAGACGGUUGAAUAAUAUUUCUAAGGCAUUUUGUAUAUUAGAAGCAAUUUAGUUAAAUCUGUGAUUCCUGAACGAAUGGUGCUAGCUCUCUACAAGGAAACAUGGAAAGCGUGAGUGAGUCUCCAGUGGCGUUGGCAGCCCUCCCCUUCUCUUUGUUUUCUUGUCCAGUGUUGCAUUGAAACAUGUCUGUUUCUAUCAAUAAAUUUCCGAAGAACACUGAUGUGUACAAGGAA